AGUGACUCUUGUGUCCUUAAGCCCUGUAACCUGACACAAAAUGGAAACAGGCUCCAUGUGAUUUUUACAUCUCAGGGGGUGUUUUGCCAUAAAUUGCUGGGAAGUUGACCGAAAAGUUGACAGCUGCUGUCAAACAUGGCCGGUGCCUCAUUAUCUCUGGUUGUUUUUAUCUGCUGGAUUAGUCUAGGUAAUGUCUGGGGUGAAGAAAAAGUAUUUUCAGACAACAUUACUCGUAUUUUGGAUAGACUGCUGGAUGGGUACGACAACAGGUUACGACCUGGCUCUGGAGGUGGCAUCACAGAGGUGAAAACAGACAUUUUUGUCACCAGCUUUGGACCUGUUUCAGACGUGAAGAUGGAGUACACCAUGGACAUGUUCUUCCGUCAGAUGUGGGUUGACGAGCGUCUGAAAUUCGAAGGCCCCACCGAAAUCCUACGUUUGAAUAAUCGCAUGGUGGACAAAAUCUGGACACCUGACACGUUUUUCAGAAACUCCAAGAAGUCCAUUUCCCACAACAUGACCACGCCCAACAAGCUCUUCCGUAUCAUGCAGAACGGGACUGUCCUCUACACCAUGAGACUGACAAUCAGCGCAGAGUGUCCGAUGAGGCUGAUGGAUUUCCCCAUGGACGGUCACGCCUGUCCUCUCCGGUUUGGAAGCUAUGCAUACACCAGCAGUGAAAUCAUUUUCACCUGGAGGAAAGGCCUGACAGCUUCUGUCGAAUGUCCCAAAGAGUCCAUGAGUCUUCUGCAGUACGACCUUGUGGGGCAGACUUUGUCCAGUGAAAUGAUCAAGUUAAACACAGGGCAGUACUCUGUGCAGGUGGUCUAUUUCCACCUCCAGAGGAAGCUGGGCUACUACCUCAUCCAGACCUACAUUCCUUUAAUAAUGGUGGUUGUCCUGUCACAAGUCUCCUUUUGGAUCAACAAAGAGUCCGUUCCUGCGCGCACAGUUGCUGGCAUCACCACGGUGUUGACCAUGACCACUCUGAGCAUCAGCGCUCGCCAGUCCUUACCCAAAGUCUCCUAUGCCACGGCCAUGGACUGGUUCAUCGCCGUGUGCUUUGCCUUUGUUGCGUCGGCUCUGGUGGAGUUUGCAGCGGUGAACUACUUCGCCACCUUGCAGGCCAACCGUCUGAUGAAGGACAGAGCCAGACAAGACAGGCUGGAGGUUCUCGCCACUGGGAGUGAGGAUGAUGACACGAUUUCAUCGGACAGCAGCUUUCAGGAAGGCCUGAAGAGGAGAAACCAUUCAGUGAGCUGCAGUGAGCCGGGAGAAAUCCCGCCAACUCCGAUUUUCCUUCAACAGGGUUCAGCUUUUCCUCAGAUACCGCAGCUGGCCGGGACCAGCCGCAUUGACUCAUAUGCUCGCAUCCUCUUCCCUUUGACCUUUGCCCUCUUCAACCUGGUCUAUUGGUAUAUUUAUCUGGCCAAAGACACCAUGGAGAGAGCCAGGGACAUGGAUCCUUAAGACUGAGAGGACAUGGAGAUUGAAAGAUCUUCCACCUCUGCAAAAGCCAGCUCGCAGGAUUCACGUACCCCCCCCCCCCCCCCCGCCCCUCCCCAUCUGACAGAAGAACUGAAUCACAAACUCGUUUGUUCUCCUCGCUGCACAUCUGCACAAAACACCCCGGUCACUUUUGAACCCCACAACGCAACCGGACGUCACACAGAGACACAAACCAUGUAACGCAUCAAAAAGAGCCGGCAUGAUAUAAUCUGUGAUGGCGUUAACUGGCGGUGAUGCAACGUUGAACCAAUGCUUUUAGAAGCCUGCCCUCUCUGCAGAAGCACAUCUUCAAGAUCAAAGCCAGUUUAGAGAAGGCUCCUAUCCCUCUUUACUGCUUCAAAUAUAUGCUCAAAGCUGAGAAAAGGAAUUGUGAGGCUCUCUUCCAUCCCACCUUUCUGCCUUGCCAUGCUGCUGCUGCUGCUUUGCAGUCUCUGAUUAUCAGGAAACACAUUGAAAAGAUAUCCAUAAUUAUUAUUGGCACAUUCAGUUGUUUUCUGUGAAAAGACAUUUGUGUUUUGCCUUGUAUCAACUUUACAGCACAAAAACAGAAAACAUUAACUUGAUCAUUUCAACCUCAAUAUUCCAACUGUUUGACCUUGGAUUUAGAAAUGGGAAAACUGUCUGGCAUGUUCCAAUGACUCAAUAAAAACACUCCAAACCA